CAAGAUGGCGCUUCAAGUGUCAAGGUUUUACAAGCUUCCAUCAACAUUCGGCGUCACUCGCUUGUUAUUGCAAGACACCUUGGCUCGGUCCCGGUCCAGCAGAAGACACCUGCCCGUCACCUCGAUCGCAGCAGCGGUCCGACCUUAUAGCUCGAACCGGAGAGAUCAGAAACCGAACCAAAAGGUGGUGGUGGUCGGCUUGACGAACCCGUUCAUUUGGAUUCGGACGCGAAUCUACUACUUUCUCAUCCGGGCGUAUUUUGAUGCCGAGUUCAGCAUCGAAGAGUUUACAGAAGGCGCAAAACAAGCCUUCUGUCACGUGUCCAGGCUUCUGUCCAAGUGUCAGUUCUCUGCCCUGGAGGGGCUGGUGGCCCAAGAUUUGAUUGGAAAGCUCGAGGAAAAGUGUAACCUGCUUCCAUCAAACUACAAGUCAGCGUUGUACGCUGAACCGGAAGAGAUUAUGUUUACCACUCCAAGCGAUGUGGGGAUCUACUACGAUGACGAUGGGAGGAAGUUUGUUAGUAUCCUGAUGCGAUUUUGGUACCUGACCAGCGCACGUCUUCCUGAUGACUCGCUAGAGGGCACAAAGAUUUUUAAAGUGGCCAUUGGAAACGUGGAAGGAGAAACUAAGAGGCUGCUGACGGCCAACUAUGAGUUCCAGAGGGAGUUCACCAAAGGAGUGGAACCAGACUGGACCAUCACCAGGAUCGAACACUCCAAGCUCCUAGACUGAGGAACAAGCAAAGACUUGCCCACUGUGUUUUAAUUUGGCCACUUCUCUGCGGAUCCCUGGAUACCCAUCAAGAACUUCACCAGAUAUCUGGGUACCUGGACGUUUCUCUGGAUGGGAUCGUGUUCCGGGACUGAAGAGUGAAGACUGAACAGCCUUAAUUUAAAGACUCUGUCGUGCUCUCAUGUGCUGAAGCUCUUCAGGUGGACGUAUUCAAAUAAAACAUUUUUUAAUUUUAUUGUUCAUAUGUUUCUAUACAUGUCCUGUAUGAAAUACCGAUGGUUGUGCCUUUAUUCAGACCUAAUGCUGGAGGAGAUAUGGUCUGUUGUAAGCCCAUUUAUGAAACUGGUACCGCCCAGCAACAGGUCCUGGUUGGUGAUGACCUCAUGUUUAAACACCUUUUAGGCUGGAAUAAAUCAUAGAAUAAAUUGUGUUGGA